AUGGUUGCUGAUAGUUUUUUACCAAGUUAUCUUCGUGAUAGUCCUUUAUACAAAGAUAAUAAAAGAUUAUAUUCUCGGGUUCCUUUACCAACUCACUGGAAUCCAGCAGAUAGCUCAUCCUAUGUUGCAAUUAUUGAUGACAAAAAUUUAACAGUUAAAUAUGAUGGUCCGGGUAGAAAUUGGGUAGAUGCUGCUUCAAUCAGAGCGAAUCACCCUAUUCAUCCUGAGAUUGGCUUGUAUUAUUAUGAAAUGACUAUUAUAGAUCGCGGAGAUCGAGGAUGUAUUGGAAUUGGCCUAAGUAAGCCAGCUACUCGUCUCAAUAGAAUGCCAGGUACACAAACUAAAGAUAAAAUUAUGGGUGAGAUGUAUCCAAUGUGUGGAAUGGAAAGUCCAAAUGAAAGUGUGACUGUUAAUUUUGUGGAAGGCAUAAAUACAACAACUCCAAUAGCUAACCCUUCUGGUAAUGAAAUAAUAACUCAUAAUACAAAUACAGAUGUCGCUCCUGAUCCAGAGACAACACCAGUAAUAAGAGCUAUAGCUGAAACACAAAUGAAUGCUAGUGAUACGAACAUUAUUAACACAAUGACAUCUACACCACCUGAUUUAGGAAACGUAGUCAGUUCUAAUGUUCCUGUUGAUUCAACAUAUUCCACUACCACUUUGUAA